AUGUUUCGCCUUGUCUUACUCACUGUGGCAUCCAUCGCUGUCCGCCUCAUCAAGCCACAGUCCUUCAGACUUGACGGCUUCUCUCUGACAGCCUCUUCAUUCACCACCCUACAAUGGUAUCUCAAGUGGGCUUUGCCUAUGUGGGCUGUCGUCGACUUGAACUCGGCAUUGAAUCGCCUGGCUGCAAACAGGUGGGGCUGGAAAAGCGACAAAAGUCAGUGGGUUUGGGACAAAGAAGUCGCAGUUGUCACGGGGGGAUCAGGAGGAAUAGGAGCCUGUGUCGUCAAGAGGCUCGUGUCUGUCUCAGGGCGUCAAAGUCGCUGUCUUGGACGUCAGCCCUCUCGAGGCAUCUUUCACCACCGGGAUAACAUCCGUGAAGCAGCCCAUGCUAUCCGCUCUGACUUGGGAUGUCCCUCCAUCCUCAUCAACAAUGCAGGCAUUGGGAAUGCCUACACCAUUUUGGACGUGCCACCUGCGAGCCUUCAGAAGCUGUUUGACAUCAACCUUCUCAGCCAUUGGAGCACCGUGCAGGAGUUCCUUCCAGACAUGAUUGCAAAGAAAAAAGGCCACAUCAUGAGUGUCGCAAGUCUGGCCUCUUUCGUAGCCUUUGCAGGAGCUGUUGAUUACGCCUGCACCAAAGCCGCGCUUCUGGCCUUUCAUGAGGGUCUCACCCAGGAGAUCAAGCAUCGAUACAAGUGCCCUGAGAUCAAGACUAGCAUUGUCCACCCCAGCUGGACCAAGUCAGCAAUCACCUCUCACCCCACUCUCCAGGCCGGUCUGAAAAGCGUCGGCGCGAAGUUGCUGGAGCCGGAAGAUGUUGCUUCCGCCAUGGUCAAUCAGAUUCUCGCUGCCAAGAGUGGCCAGCUUGUCCUUGGCCCAGCCCUGACGAAGAGAAUACGCGCUCUGCCUCUUUGGCUGCAGGAAAUCCUUCGCGACACCCAGGCAAACAUAGUGACGGGAAAUGGCUCAACCGCUGAAGGCCAGUGGUCAGGAGCUUCGUCAAGUCUACAGCACUGCACUGUGCCUCGAAUUGGAGUGAAGGAACCCACGCCGCAUCAUAUCAACACAUGCAUCCAUUUCGUCAUAUUCAACUCCACGGCGAAACUAUGUGCCUUAGCCGCCGCGGCGGUUUCAAGUCGCGUGCGCCGGCUCAACGAUCACGAAGAUGGCACCUACAUUUGGACUCGUGUCAAGAUUAACAGUAAAUUGGAUGCGCCCCCACGCCCUCUGAAACAUGCGAUCAAUAUCUACCUUCUCCCCAGGCUUCUCGGAAUAUGCAAGGCAGCAAGGAUGAGCGCCACCACCGGGUUUAGGAACAUGCAGCCAUUACAGAAUGCCUAUGGUCUCCAUAUGGGAGGCAAGGCGUUGGAGCGUUAUAGUAUGCAGCGGUAG